AUGUCCUCUAAGCUCUUAGUAUCUCGUGUAUCUCGUUUAUCUUGUUCUUCUCCUCUUUGCUCUUUUCCCUCCAUCAACCGCACAAUGGCAACCAUCCGCUCCUCUAUCAGCCAUGAAGAACGCACAGCCCAAGAACCGCGAGAAGCACGUCUAGAACCCGUAACCGUAUCCCGCAUCGACACCGUCAACAGCACAAUUCGUUUAAUCCGCCUAAGUGCCCUGAACCCCUCACACACACUAAAGUUCCUCCCAGGCCAAUGGCUAGACGUUUUUAUCCCUUCUCUGUCCAAAGCAGGUGGCUUCACCAUAACCUCCACACCCUCAAACCAAGGAAUACCCACCCCAAACCGAUCAGCCUACUUUGAACUCGCAAUUCAAAAAUCCACAAAUCCUCCUGCGCAAUGGCUCUGGAAACCCGAGGAUCAGAUUUUGGAUCAACAAAUCAUCGUACGCACGGGAGGAAGUUUUGUUUAUCCACCNCCGGGGAUUGAUGUCACUGGUAUAGAGCAAGUGGUUCUAGUGGCAGGAGGUGUGGGGAUUAACCCUUUGAUUUCCAUCUUUGCGCAUUUGAUGAGUUUGCCGCAGAGACCGAAGAAGGUGAGAUUUGUUUAUGGUAGCAAAGUCGAGGAAGGACCGAUCAAAACUUCUCGUAUCCUGUUCUUGACGAGAUUGAUGGAGUUGAUCAAGGAGCAAGGAAAUGGUGACGUUCAGCUAGAUCUGUUCCUCACGGCAACAUCGCAAAAGGAGAUUGAUGCUGCAACAAACUUGCCUGGAAACGUCAAACUGGGAAGAAUCGAAAAGGAUGACUUGGAAGCGGCGAUUGGAGAGGAUCGUAGCAUCAGGCAAGUGACGUUGGCUUAUAUCUGUGGUCCGCCGGCCAUGACGGACCAGUUCGUCGAGUUUUUGAGCACAAGAGAUGGGAUGGACAGACGGAAGGUUCUGUGUGAGAAGUGGUGGUAG